AUGGAAUGCCGCUCACCCUCCCCGCCUCUUCACUUCCCGGACAUUCGUUCCACCCCUUCGCCCCUCCGCCGCCGCCUUCCGCGCCCGUUGCCCGAACCUCCAGGUAGACUCCCCAAGGUUGGCACCUGGGCUUCCUCUCCAUCGUCGUCGGUGGCCUCGUCCCGGUCGUGUAGCGCCUGCAGCGACGGGUCCGAGAGCGUGCUCGCCAUCAUCCAUGAGAUCGACGAUGCCCUCUACUACACCAACAGCACCUCCUCCCGCCGACAACAAAAGUCUCCCCGAUUCUCGGCAGUGCCAGACUACUACCGCCCCGCUCCGCCCACCGUGUUCCCCUUGUCGCCGCCACGGCAGCGGCGAGGGUCGACGGCAUCGUCGGCGUCGAUUUCCUCUUCCUCAUCAUCAUCCUACUCUUCGUCAUCGCCGCCAACCCCCGGGCGGAUGCUCCGCCGCCAGUUUUCUCCCCGUAACGAGAGCUUGCGGGAGAUCCGCGCGCGCGACUCGGAGAUCUGUCUGCAGCGCGUGUACGAGCGCGAGGUGAUGAUGUACCUCGACGGCAGCAUUUUCUCCGUGAGGCCCUUCCAGGACGGAUGGGGGACUCCUUGA